AAGGUCUUUUAUUCACGGCUUUAUUCUGAAAACUGUCGACUAAAUUAACUUUGAUGCCAACACAGCAUAGGAUAUUUUUCUCUCUUUUUAAUCUGAAAGUUUUUAUGUUGUUUUUUUUUUUUCAUUUUCCCUCUUUUUCCUAAAGUUCAAGUUGUAAUCACUUGUUCUCUUUUCAAAUGCACAGUCUUUUUUUCGUUUUUCCACUGCAAAUUUCAAAUAAUUUCAGGUAAUUUUGUGUCUUUCUGCGAUAGAGCUUUGUUCAUGCCAUCAACACAAAGUCAGCACCAUAUAUCACAGUGGCGUCAGAGUUAUCCGCCGAAUAAAUACUGGUUCUCCAAAGUAAACCUGAUCUGUGAUCACAUACACGUUGACUGUAUCAUUGAUGGAAGAUUACAGUUUGCCUACGAAACAUUGAAAAUUUUGACCUCAAAAGGAACAGAUGAACAAAAUCGUGACGUUAAAGAUGCCGAAUUUGUGGAAGAUCCUCACCCAUUUAAGGCAGAAGACCCUAAGGCAAUUACAGAAUUUGAGUUAUUAUUGACAACAAAAAAUAUGAUAAAGAACAAAGCUGAUAUAGAACAAAUAACACAUGGAGGAGAUUCAAUGCUUCACUUAUCUAUUAAAUACAAGCAUAAAUGUUUGUUACGAUUUCUACUUCAUAAUGGUGGCAAUCCGUACAAGCGGAACCGGAAGUCUCUUUCACCAUUACAAAUGGCUUUUAAAAUCAAUGAACAGACACUUGUCAUUCCUAUGUCUUAUUAUAUUCUACGAGACUUUACAAAAUGUGUGUUCUUUUCUGUUGACGUGAAGGAUAAAGUAUGGACAGGAUGGAAAUGUGAAUGUAAACGUCACACUUUAGAGGAAAGAGAACUGUGUUCAAUGAAUUUUAUUGUGGUGGUUGAAACUGACAGCGCCAAAGUUCCUGGUAACUUUUCUUUCAAAGGACUAGAUGUUAUAUUUCAUCAACCUGCAAAUCCACACAGAGAACUAGAUUAUGUUCUGUCAGAUUCCAAUAAUAUUUUAGACAACGAUAAUUUAUCAUUUUGCCCAGAGUUACCAAAGAGAAACUUGCAAUAUUUGUUUGAAAAACAUAGCAAUCUCAGAUUUAUCUGUCCAUCGGCAUUGCAAUCAAUACAUUUUUCAGACCCACAUCGCGCUCAUGAAAUAAAACGGGAACACUGUCUUUGGUUUAUUCUGAAAUAUAAGGGUAUUAUACCGAUUGAGGAGAGUCACUUACCAUGUGAUAAAGAUGGAAUGCCAACUGACUGUUUAGAACUGGCCGAUGAUACAGUUGCUUGGUUGACAGAAACAAAUAAGUCAUAUCGACUAUUAUCACUUCAAGACCAUGUAAAUCAAGCUUCACUUAUAGGAGCAACGUGUGAUGACAGUUUUCAAGCGUCAGUUAAAAUUGUUGAUUCUGAUGCUCGGGUUACUUUAUCAGAUCAAACGUUUAAUCAAGAUUCCACAGAUGAAUACAUUACUGUACGAAAAGCUAUAUUUACCUUUCCACUCGAUCAUUUAAAUAGAAAUUUACAUACUAAUUGACAUGCAUCAAUACUAUAUGUAUUUAGAACAGUUCCGCAGUGUUAGUUGUCGGUAAAAGUAUACGUGUAAAUUCUUUCUUUUUACAUUUAAUUCUGAAUUACAUAUCACUAUUUACGACUUAAUAAACUAUUUCAAUUCAUCAGAAAACAUUGCAAACAACUGAUGAUAUCAGAGGUAGAGUUAAUAUCACUUGCAUCAUAAGUGCAAAAAAAAUAUUUGACACGCAAAUAAAAGUUAUAAUAUUGUCUUUCUCCUGUCAUCUCACAUUCAGCAUUAUAUAGGUUAUAGAAUUUGCAUGUGCUAAUAGUUUUAUAAUAUGAUAAUGUGUUAGAGUAAGACCACAAAUUUUAACAAUCAGCCGCGUGGUUAUAAUUAAUUAAACGGGGAUUAACUGUCAAAUCAAUGUUCUCCGAAUUGGCCCUAAUUCUCAUAUUUUAUUUAUAACAUACUUGCUUGCUAUGCGGUACGGGUUUUGCUCAUUGUUGUAGAGGCUGUACGGUGAUCUACAGUUGCUAGCUUCUAGUUCAUUUGGUCUCUGGUAAAGAGUUAGCAAUCAUUUCACGUCUUCUUAUUUUUAUAUCAAAAUUUAUCAAAAUUACAAAAAGUCCCAAAGAAACAAUUAACAAUCUGAAUGCAUGGAUUCGUUACAAUGUAUUAGCAUUUGGUGUGUAUUUUAGUCUAGACGCCAUCUAAUGAACUACCAAGAUGGCCUCCGAAGAAUGUCGAUUAUCAAUGACCCAAAAUAAACAUAAAUAUAAAUGAAUUCGGAUUCAAAAGGGUGAAUUAUUGACUUGUAUGCACAUAAUACAUUUGUGAUGUUUAGAAGCUUAUUGUGACAAAAUUAGACCAAACUGCUUAAAACGAAAUGUCAUUUCAAAAUUCCGCUUUGAAACAAUAAAGAAAUCGUAUUUUAAUUUUAUGUGAAAAUCGAAGCAAAUGCCCCUUAUACAGAUUUGUUUAUGAUUAAUAUAAUGGGACGGAUAUCACUGGUACAGCAGAAGCUUCCGAAUUCACCUGAUUUGGUUUAAAGUUGGGUUUGUUUAGUUCAAUCUAUAGUUUGUUAUGAAAUGGGUUGAAGAUUGUGUUUUUUAUCUAUUUGUUGGAGCAAGCUUUAACAUGGUUCUGUCAUCGAUAUAUAUAUUCAUUGUGGAAUAAUGAAUUCGCAGAAAGUGUUAUUAACUCAGCAUUUUUUGGUAAUAUCAAACAAUGUUUAAACAAAAAUAUGUAUAUAUAAGAUCUUAAAAUAUUUUGCUGAUUUUUUUUGUUGUUAUUUUUUUAUUUUUUUUUUUUUUUGUGUUUUUUUUUUUUUUUUUUUUCAGGGGGUAGGGUUGCAUUUGAUACAACAUUUUAUCGGCGAUUUUAACAAUGGUGUCGUAUGUCUGUUUAUACGGUAACCUAAAGUUGCUUACAUCUACGUCAUUUGGUCUUUGGUGGAUAAUUGUCUCAAUUUUCAUGGAUCGACGCAUCCAGUGUUGAUCUUUUGGGAGUUGAUUAGACUCCCUAUGUUUUAUGUUACUUUGAUUAAUAUCUUCUUUAUCGAAUUAUGAUAUUUAAACAUCGUUAUACUAAUGUUGCCUCUAAUUUUGUGUUUCGAUUCUUAGUAUAAUUUCUGCAUAUCAGUUUAAAGAUACCAUAAAGAGAUGCAUUACGACAGCCAACUGGGUUUUAUGUGGUCUUUUUUAUUGCAAACAAAACACCAGCCAAUGUGAAUACAGGCUAAUACUGCCUUAUUAUCUGAGGAAACACUUAGGCUCAUUAGAAAUGAUUGUUUUUGUAUUUAUCAUGCAAUGGCGUGACAUAAUUAAAUUGCAAAUAUUGAAAGUCUUAAAAUUUUAUGUAUUCAGUCUUGCCUCAUAUUGUCUGAAAAUAAAUUAUAUGAUACCCAGUGUUAGCCAUGCUCUAUUAAUAAAUCUUUAUAACCGAUGUCCUUGGAGAUAUAAUUCUAUUUCAUUCUAUAGAGAAAUUCACAGUUCAAGGAUUAGAGAGUAUAAUUGUUAUUUAUUUAACAUAUAUAACAUUUUGUAUAAGCUGUAAUUAUUUUUUUUUUAUAUUCUUUCACAGUUUGGAUAUAAUACAAAAACAAAAUUUAUUAAAGUCGUAUUCCAACAA